GAAGCUUCGCUGGGUUGGCUCACAGCAAGCCAGAUCUGGCUUCCGGCAAACGAUCUCAACACGGUGUGCUGCCUGUGGUACCAACCAGUAUCGACACUUCAUAGGCACAGCAAAUUCAUUGCUAUCUGGGCUCAAUCGUGCGAAGUUGUGCAGACUGUGCAGUGCCGACAGCAAGUACAUCUCUGCACUGCUAGCCCCCCACGACGACAAGCCCUGCCGACGACACGGCCCUCCGUGACGUCUGGGGAGGGCAUCGACUGA